AUGUUCACAUUUUGCCCCAACAGAUCUUCGUAUACAUUAAGGCCUUCUCCUCACGAGUUGGCUAAUCGUGUCUUCUACCUGCGCUACACCUCGACCAGUGAUGUCUACUCGAGGCCGUAUGAGAAGAACGUGGUUGCCGAUGCCAAUUUGCCACACUCACUUGAAACGAUAAAUCGAGUUGACCGCCGCUCUACAUCCACUAUUACGUGCUGGCAGACACUGGCAUAUCGGUGGAAAAAUAUUGCAAGGAAGGUAUGGAGAUAG